AUGGGCAAGAAGCCCAAGACCGAAGCACCAUGGAAGCGCAAUGCCAAGGACCAUGGAUACGGCCAAAACGGCCAGGCCGGGCAAGGAUACUCAUUGUGGCAUGGAGCUUGGCGGUCAGCUGGCUCGCCACAGGAGCCCAAGGAGCCGAGGCCGAGUGCGCGGUUCCCCUCCUACGAUCAACAGUGGGGGGCGGAACCACACCUCUGCGUUGUUCGAGAGGAGCGUGUGGAAGCACCGGAGAGGCCAGAUGCUAUCACGGCCAAAAGGGCACAGCAAGCUGUGAAUAUCCUCAGGAAAGCGGAGUCCAGAGUUACACGCAUCCAGAAGGAGCAGAAAGAGAAAGCAGCGCGCUUCUCGGACUACGAACAGCAGCUCAUGACAGCCUUCAUGGAGGAGAGAAAGCGACAUACCGAAAGACAGUCACAGCUGGUCAACGAGCUGGAGGAAGCCCAGAAGCUCUUGUUUGUGGCCAGGGAGAACAUGGCACAAACUGCACAGGGACUUAUGGGGAAGGCACAGAUGGAAGUGCAAGACACUUCAGCCGAAGACUGGGCCGCCAUGAUCAUGAAGUACUCAGAGGUCCCGGAGACCCAGGAAUCGCAUGUCAUGGACCCGGACAUGGCGGAGAUCCUCCGCCUUUACAGGAGUGGGAAGCUUGUCCCGGUACAGGCGCCCCAGCCGGUGCCACCGACGGGCAGCGGGGCACAGACAAUGGCUGGACAUGUGGCCCCGCCAGGUCUUGCACCGCCCGCUGCUGGAGAGAAUCGGCCGUCUUGUAUGGAUCCGGGCACACAUGGCCCAGCAUACCCAGCACCUACAUACGGUGCUGCCUCCCCUUCGAGUGGACUCCUUCGAUCGGCACCAUACUCGGCGACUUCUCCUGUUCUGGCCAAGGUUGGGGAAGCCCCGCAUGGCACCGAGCAGCACGUACCCUCACCCUCUAUGGGCGACCAGAGGCCAUCCCGGACCGUUCCGAGGGAGGACAUCAAAGCUGCCACAAAGCACCAGCCGGCAAAGCCACAGCCUGCUGGCCUCUCCCUUCAGGAGAAGCUCGAACAGAGGCGCGAAGCAGAGCGGGUGGGAGCUGCCUUGCAUCCCUUCCGACUCCAGACCGAGAAUAUGGAGAAGGGCGCCCCAAGGUGCGAUACCGAUGGCAACCGGACCGCCCACCAACAGGAGAUCUCGGACGACGACGACCCUGGAAGACGCAUGACUGUGAACUCACCGGGCCUUGCGAAGUUGGAGUGUCAUAGCCAUGCCUUCCAGGGGCCUUCCACGGAACUUCCUGCUGCCGGUCUCUGCGUUCUCCGGUCGUCAAAGUAUCUGCCGGUCAACAAGCAAGUCGUUGUGUACGACUUCCGUGCACUCGGCGGGCCUGUCUAUGCUGACAUCACACACGAGCAUGGCAUUCUAAUCUUCCUUGAUGCAAGGCAGGCCGGACUUGAUGUGGCUCACAUCUACCUCUCGUCAGCGAAUGCGGCUGAAUCCGUCGAGGAAUCUGACUGUGCCUCCGACCCCGAGCAACCAACCGUUGUCCAGGUCGAGGUCCAGAGCACGAUCACCCAGCAGGGCCGCAGCCAGGUGCUGUCGACGGCUGCGUCGUACAACGUAUUGGGCCCCCUGGAGCCUUUGCUGUUACAGAACCUACCUGCCACAACAGAGCCGAACGAAGGGCAUCCGGGGUUCGAUCCGACGAUGCUUGAUGACUGGAUCACUUCGGACCCUGAGUCUGAGGCUGAACUCACUACAGUGCCGUGUGCCAUCCUACGCGUUGAAUAUGUGCCAGAACACCUUACAGUUGCCGUCCCAGUUCCAACAACACAGGAGGAGGUAAUCGAGGCCAUCCAGGCUGUACGCCGGCGGGACUCCAGCCUUGCCUUUCCCACCCUCCUCUCGGUUUUGCCUCAGCCUGCCUUAGGAAUCGCGGUUCUUGCAGCUCUGCCACCGUGGGCCAGUGGCUCCGACGUUGUCUGUUUUGACACGACAACCAUUGAUGGUCGUCUAUUCCUCGCACAAAUGCCCCAAUACUGCUCUAAGAUCGGGUUGAUUAGGAGCGCUGGUCUCCUCCCCGGUCUGGACUAUGAAGUCUUGUUCGGCGUCGAUCAGAUCCCUGUUGGAGAGGACCUGGUCCAUCUGUUCCCUGGGGCACUUGCCCUCCAGCUUGUUACCAGUGCCAGAUGCGAGACGCGCCGACAGUGGUUCCCGCUAGCUGGGCCAACUGUCACACAGGACUCCCAUGUCUACGUCAGGGACGUCCCCUGGCCCCUCCCUGUCGAGUCUGCCACUGUACUUGACAAUGGGGAUUUAGUUUCUGUGCAGCCGCGGAACCACGGUGUUCUUGUACUCACUGGGUUUGCUGAUAUGCUUCGGGACCCAAGGUGCUGGACUCAUACCAACUAUGCUGCCUCCCCCUUAGGCGACCGCCUCUGGAUCCUUGCAGACGACCACCCCAGGCAUUUCACCUUUGAUCGCCGCAGGCGUGCACUCCUCCGACGGGACUUAGCGGGUCAGCUACACGUCCCCGAGCGUGAUCUACGCAUUCGACCAGCCCGAUCCACCCUUGGCGACCUUUGUGUGCAGGGUGUUUGGGUCAGCACUGCAGUCAUCGCUACCUCUAGCGACAUCCGGCUUGAGGCUACCGGCAAUGGUCUCUUUCCGUACAUCCUUGACGCACGACCUGUGCUUCUUGGUGUUGAAUGGGCAGCAAACGCUGAGGGGGUGCUCAAUCUCCGCUCGGUAGAACGCAGAUUUCAAGCGAGGCCGAUCAUCGAGGCAGCUCGUACACAACUGCCGCAACAGGGACAGCCUUCCGACCAGAUGCUGAUCUGUCCCGAGGGAGACAAGCAACCACUGGCCAGCACUGUGGCCACCAUGCUCGACGGGCCCCCACAAGUGGCCGAUGCACUGGGCCUGUUCACCGGAGGAGCAUCCUUUGCCUCAUUGCUGGCCUCCUCUGUCGACCGAAUGCUGCCAUGCACAGCUUUGCACAUCCAGGUGUAUCACAGACACCUCAUACGAACAACCAUCGGACCGAUGGAGAUAACAUGUGGAUCGCCGGUAGUUUGCCUGACGCCCAUUCCAGUGGGCCCCUGCGUGACACCUCUGCACUCUCGACCCGAUGGGAUGAUGCCUGUGAUACCCAUGGUACUGCCCCCCCUGCUCCGCCUUUUGGCAGACCCAUUGCCACUCCAUGUAGAGGCACCACCGCUAGAGUCCGACUGCCGUACAUUACUGAUGACGGAGAACCUGCUCGCGUUGAUACCUCGUUUGACACUCAGCCCCUGUCUCCCACCCAGCUCUGCUCCGCAACUGCUCCUGCACAUUGGUUGGGGCCCACGCUGCUGGAACAGUCUCUGCAGCAGACCAGGUUCCAUGCUUUCUACCUUGCCAGCACACUUCUUGCCACCUUAUUUGAACAUUCAUCUGAAGGUGUUGCCGUCGUGUCUUCUGUUGGCACUGCCGGAGUUCCGACCCCGCCACUUGAUUCGCCCACACUGCCACCUGCAAGUGUUCUGCGGAUUGCUGAUCAUGUCCCCUCUCAUCGAGUUUUCGACCUCACCGCAAUCAGCAUGCCAAUUGCAUGUUCUUUUGAUGACGUUGCGCCGCUUUUGA